AUGUCUGUAGCACAAGAGUUUGAAGCAGCCAACGCCAACUACGCCGGCGGUUUUACCAAAGGCAGUCUAGCUCUUCCUCCAGCUCGAAAGGUGGCGGUUGUAGCUUGCAUGGAUGCUCGCUUGGACACUGCCAGGGCCCUUGGUCUCGAAGAAGGCGAUGCCCAUGUUAUUCGCAACGCUGGUGGUCGCGUCACCGAUGCCCUCCGCAGCAUUGUUAUUUCGCAGCAACUGCUAGGAACUCGUGAAAUCGUCAUUAUUCACCAUACUGACUGCGGCAUGCUCACCUUCUCGGAUGAAUCCAUCCGUGACAAAAUCAAGAGCGAUUUGAAACAAAAUGCAGACCAUAUCGCGUUUCUGCCGUUCAACGACCUCAAGCAAAGCGUCAUUGAUGAUAUUCAAAUUAUCAAGGAUAGUCCACUUGUGUUGGACGUGCCGAUUACGGGAUAUGUAUACGAGGUUGAGACGGGCAAGAUUGUCAAGGUUGGAAGCUCUUGA